AACUUUUAGCCUUCUCGAAUUUAUGAGCGCCUCAUUACUGUCCAGAUUGGAAACGGCGGAAAUAUCAUGUGACCGCGUUGUGCUACUCGAUGAGCUUCGUGCCACAACAGCUGAAUCUCCGGACCGUAUAGCUCCAUUCACGCAUCUCAUUCAAAGCGCAUUCACUGAUCUUGCACGUCCAGUUCGAAGCUUAGCUUAUCAGUGUGCGCUGAAUUAUAUCUCCUCAAACCCAUAUAUGAGUGUUCAUUUCUUGAGUGCUUACUCUGCUGCAUUGUUACACAAAAGUGCCGAUAUCAGUCUACACGCGUUAUCAUUUCUGCCGGAAUUCAUAACUGCAUCUCGAUGUAUUUCAGAGAAUUUACUUAGUGCAGCAACUAUGGCCGCCAAUCGAUGGCCGUCACCAGAAUCUAUGGCCGAUCUUUCACGUGCAGUAACAGCAUGCGCUGAUUUCCGAUGUGCUGACGCGGAAGAAAAUGGCAUUUCUCAGGCUAUGAAAUGAUUUUCACUUCUCAGUUUAGCUUUUUUUGUCUUUAAAUUAUGAAAUGAAAGUGUUCAUAUAUAAUAGAG